AUUAACCUAUUGGAAGAGAGCUGCUGAGGCGGCUAAAACAUCAUACCAUGGAUUCUUCUGACUACAAGGGAGCCAUAACCUACAACACCGAAAAUCAACAUGACCAAGCUCCAGUGUCUAACGGCCUGUUGCGUCGCUGCGAUAAGAGAAAUGCAGCCCGGACGUUCCUGUGUAGUAUUGAAGAAUUUGCGAACGUUCAUUUAGAUGAAGUGGACAUGAACAAUGCAGUUGUCGUGCUGCAUGUUAACACUCAACCACACUCUGUUCAGAGUGCAAGAAGCAGAUGUGUCGGGGGUGGUUCAGUAGAGGAGGAGGAGGAGGAGGAGAAGCCUCGACCUCCAUUCGCAGGUCCCACGACCCGCGGGGCCCCCGCCUGCGUUGGCGGCGUCGGCGUCGGCAGCGUCGCGUGA